AUGACGAUGAUCGUUUCCCCUCUUCAUGUAACGGAACUCGACAUUAAUGGCAUUAAUACAGACGUCCAGUACGAGCCCUUCAAUGUGUCGUUCCGUCGGCGAGAUCCAAGGAAGUGUUCAUCGGUUGUGGAGGGUAGGCUGCUGAGAUACUGGGAGGCUAGGAACGUUAAGAGGGGUGGAGAGCUUAUGUGGGUGGAUAUGCUUUUGGUCGAUGUUAAUGCCACCAUGAUGCAGGCCACAAUCAGCGCUCACCGUCUACCACAGUACCAAGAGAGACUUACUGCCGGUGCAAUGUAUUCCAUAGCUGAUUUUGAUGUCGCUAGAUGUGCUCAGAACUUCAGACUUUCUGAUUCGUCAUUGAUGAUCCGUUUCAAUGAGUCUACGUCUUUUGACGAGAUAGAUGAUCCGGUCUCUGCCUUGCCUGAGGAAGCAUUCCGGUCCCAUGACCAGUCGGAGCUGCUUGGUUUGGCCAAUACAAACACUCAGUUACCAGACAUCAUAGGAGAGAUCCUUAGCGUCAAGAGUACUGUUACUGACCCUCCGGAGGAGAAGAAUCGUGUCAUGGUGACCUUAAAAAUGGACAGUAAUGACACUGUCACUCUAAGCUUAUUUUAUUCUCAAGCUGUUGCUUUCCACAAACAACUUGAGGCCAUGCGUGUUGAUCCGAAGGUCAUUGUUGCUACUAGCAUUAACCCAAAGAUGGUUGGAGGGACACUGGGCUUGCAUCAGCCGCGUAUGCGCAGGUUAGUUGCCAGGGACACUGGGCUCGCAUCAGCCGCCCCGCUGCUACGGUCGUAUGCGAAGGCUGAGAAGAUGACAAUCGCUGAGCUCAACAGCUUCAUCGUCUCCGCUGGAAGUCAGGAAAUCGAUUUCCUAUGUACUGGGAGGGUUGUUCGAGUUGACACAGAUAAGGGGUGGUGUUAUGUGGCUUGCUCCAAAUGCAGUAAAAAAUUGCAGCGCACCGUCUCCGCAUUUACGUGUGGGCGAUGCAAUAAUUCACAUGCAGUUGGAGCACUUCGCUACCGUGCGGAGAUGGCUAUAGCUGAUGAUACUGCCGAAGGAACGUUUGUUUGGUUUGAUGGGGUGAUGAUGAAACUUCAUAGUCUCCGAGCAAGCGAGGCUGUUCAGAUGCUGGCAGAAGAUGGAGUGAAUCCUAAAGACUGUAGGAUACCUCCGUUCAUUGCAGACAUGGAAGGAAAGUCGUACACUUUCCAGGUGAGGGUAACAGCGUUUAACUUCACCGAGCAUCACAAGAGGUUCACCAUAACGCAUAUUGCUGAGGAGCUUGGUCGUGCAGUCGACGACAAUGGAGGUGGUGAUGAUUACGACAAUGACGUGCCCCCUGACAAUGGAUCAGGUUGA